AUGGAUCUUAAAGAGAGAGACUUCUGCCCAAGGAUGUAUCGCGACUAUGUGUCUUCCGACGGGGCUAACGAGGUGUUCCCUGCGGUGGAUAGCGAGGUGUUCCCUGCGGUGGAUAGCGAGGUGUUCCCUGCGGUGGAUAGCGAGGUGUUCCCUGCGGUGGAUAGCGAGGUGUUCCCUGCGGUGGAUAGCGAGGUGUUCCCUGCGGUGGAUAGCGAGGUGUUCCCUGCGGUGGAUAGCGAGGUGUUCCCUGCGGUGGAUAGCGAGGUGUUCCCUGCGGUGGAUAGCGAGGUGUUCCCUGCGGUGGAUAGCGAGGUGUUCCCUGCGGUGGAUAGCGAGGUGUUCCCUGCGGUGGAUAGCGAGGUGUUCCCUGCGGUGGAUAGCGAGGUGUUCCCUGCGGUGGAUAGCGAGGUGUUCCCUGCGGUGGAUAGCGAGGUGUUCCCUGCGGUGGAUAGCGAGGUGUUCCCUGCGGUGGAUAGCGAGGUGUUCCCUGCGGUGGAUAGCGAGGUGUUCCCUGCGGUGGAUAGCGAGGUGUUCCCUGCGGUGGAUAGCGAGGUGUUCCCUGCGGUGGAUAGCGAGGUGUUCCCUGCGGUGGAUAGCGAGGUGUUCCCUGCGGUGGAUAGCGAGGUGUUCCCUGCGGUGGAUAGCGAGGUGUUCCCUGCGGUGGAUAGCGAGGUGUUCCCUGUGGUGGAUAGCGAGGGUUCCCUGCGGUGGAUAGUGGAGAUAUCUACCUGUGGAAGAUAA